AUGCGCCGUGGCGGGCACCGGCAGCCACCCGGAACCGAUAUUGCGGCUGCUUGGAGAAUCUCCCUCUCUUGCACGGCCAUGGACUUGAUUCUCUUUGGGCCAUUGGUGUGGACGCCGCACAGUAGUGGCGCUGCUGCAUUCCACCACCUGCCGGUCACCUCUCACCCGCGUCCGCCAACCGAGUCGACGGUUCCCAUCGCCAACCGCGGGCGAUUGCAGCGAGAUGCCUCUGUGCUGGCCGUCCAACUCCAGCUGAGCUGCCGUCAAAUCAACCUCUAUCAACUGCAGGGCUGUCCCUCGGGUGUACUUCGCUCUCGCUCCAUCGCCGUCGACUACGAUGAGAAAACACGGCAACGAACGCUGCAGCAAACAAUAGCCCGCUUACACCAAGACGAGCGGAAAGGCUCCGACCUCUCGUACCUCGGUCCUGUCGUGGCUCAUUUCCGCAUCUCAUCUUUGCACUGUCCGGUGACAGUCGCUCGGCCGCCACCAAUCACCAACUCUGCAUCCUACCCUCCACCGCAAAGAGGACCACAACAGGUCAGCGAGGCGCCGCUGGUUAUCUGCGUGCCUUGCGUCGCCAUCUACGCAUCAUGGAAUUCGCCAAUGCCGGUGGUGGGUGCCACAGGCGAGGCCGGGAUGCUCUACCGUAAUCUCCAACUACCGCCAUCACUCGCCGUCCUACGGAGCGGCGUUGAUCACGGAAUCCGGCCGGCGUUCUCAAAAGGAUACGCUCCUCUGUGUGGCUGCAGCCAUUUCUCCUAG